AUGGCGAGCGCCGCAGUCGUGGAGCACAACUUCACUGUGGGCGGCAUGAACAUCUCCCAGCUCUGCAUGGACAGCGUGAUCUACACGGCCAACGAGCAGAUGCCCGGGCCGACCAUCGAGGCCACCGAGGGCGACACGGUGGUCGUCCACGUCGUGAAUGAUUCGCCGUACCCAUUAUCACUCCACUGCGGGUGGGCCGACGGGGCUCACAUGAUCACGGAGUGCCCCAUCCAGCCCGCCGGCAACUUCACGUACCGCUUCAACAUCACCGGGCAGGAGGGCACCCUGUGGUGGCACGCCCACUCCUCGCUCCUCCGCGCCACCGUCUACGGCGCGCUCAUCAUAAAGCCCAGGAAUGGCACCGACGGCUACCCUUACGCAGCACCAUACGGCGAAAUUCCAAUCAUACUAGGCGAGUGGUGGAACAAAAACGUGGACGACGUGGAGAAAGACGCGCACCUGACCGGCCUAGGGCCGGAGGUGUCGGACGCGCUCACCAUCAACGGCAAGCCGGGAGACCAGACCCCCUGCAGAGGUGCUGGUAUCUUCGAAGUGGAGGUGGAGUACAACCAGACGUACCUCCUCCGCAUCAUCAACGCCGCAGUCAAUGUCGAGCUCUUCUUCAAGGUGGCCGGCCACAACUUCACCGUGGUCGCCAUCGACGCGAGCUACACCGAGCCGUACGCCACCGACGUCAUCGUCAUCGCGCCGGGCCAGACGGUGGACGCGCUCAUGGCCACCUCGGCGGCGCCGGGCGGCCGGUACUACAUGGCGGCCAACGUGCUCGAGAGCAAGACCGUCCAGAUCCGGUUCAACAACGGCACCGUCACCGGCAUCGUGACGUACACGGGAGCGGCCAACGGCACGGCCCCCUCCAUGCCGGCCAUGCCCGCCCCCACCGACGUGGUCACCGCCGGCAGGUUCUACUGGUCUCUGAGGGGCCUCGUCCGGCCGGUCGACCCGCCGUUGCCAACGACGGUGGACCACAGCAUGCUGGUGGAGUUCGGGGUGGACCAGGCGCCGUGCGCGUCGGACCAGACGAGGUGCGGGGGGUUCGCGCUGGUUGCGUUCAUGAACAGGAACUCGUUCCAGUUCCCGAGGAACGCGUCGCUCCUGCAGGCGUCCUUCGACGGCGUCCCGGGCGUGUACACGGAGGACUUCCCGAGCUCCCCGCCGCCGCUGCCGGGGAUCCGGAAGGCCACGUCGGUGAAGAGGCUCAACUACAGCGACGUGGUGGAGGUGGUGCUGCAGAGUGCAGCGUACAGCAGCGCCCUCGGCACGGAGAACCACCCGAUCCACCUGCACGGCUUCAACUUCUUCGUGCUCGCGCAGGGGCUGGGGCGCUUCGACCCCAACGCCACGUUCAACCUCGUGAACCCGCGCGUGCGCAACACCGUCAUCGUGCCCGGCGGCGGGUGGACCGUCAUACGGUUCGUGGCCAACAAUCCAGGCACGGCCAUGACUCUCGUGAAAGCACAACCGUGCCUCUUGUGGAAGCAUAACCCCCUCGCCCCCCUGAUAAUUUUUUCCUGGCUCCGCCACUGCCAGGUGGGGGAGCGCAAGUACGCCGUGGUGAGGUUCAGCGGCCUGGCCGGGGAGAAGGUGGUGGCGGAGAAGGCGGAGGGGCUCAAGGCCGCGCUGGAGAAGGACGGGCACGCCGUCACGGGCCCCUUCGUGCUCUCCCGCUACAACCCGCCGUGGACGCUCCCGCCGCUGCGCACCAACGAGGUCUUUAAUGUGAAUCCCAAGGUGGUGGGCGGCAAGCACGCCGAGUGCGGGGGCGCUAUGGUGAGCAAGAUGCCCAAUGUCAUAUGGCCAAUAGGAACCUUUAAUGAUUCUGUCAAGGAGUGGCAACAAUAG